GGAGCGACGUGUCCGGUGGCUCGUGAGGGGCGGCGCUGAGUAGAUGACGUUAGUAUGACUAUGGCCCAGCCUGGGGCGGUAGUGGCAGCUGCUGCGGGAGUCCUAGUUCUUCUCCUCUACUCCUCCAUUCAUAAAGUUGAUGAGGGCCACCUGGCAGUGUAUUACAGGGGUGGUGCCUUAUUAACCAGCCCAAGUGGACCAGGCUAUCACAUCAUGCUCCCAUUCAUUACCACCUUCAAAUCAGUGCAGACAACAUUGCAAACUGAUGAAGUAAAAAACGUGCCUUGUGGGACGAGUGGUGGGGUUAUGAUCUACAUUGACCGAAUAGAAGUUGUGAAUAUGUUAGCACCAUAUGCAGUGUACGAUGUUGUGAAGAACUACACUGCAGACUACGAUAAGACCCUGAUCUUCAAUAAAAUUCACCAUGAGCUGAAUCAGUUCUGCAGUGCACAUACCCUCCAGGAAGUGUACAUUGAGCUGUUUGAUCAGAUUGAUGAGAACCUGAAGCUGGCCCUGCAAAAAGAGCUGAAUGUCAUGGCGCCAGGUCUCACCAUACAGGCUGUGCGUGUUACAAAGCCCAAAAUCCCAGAAGCCAUCCGAAGAAACUUCGAACUAAUGGAGGCUGAAAAGACCAAACUGCUCGUAGUAGCACAGAAGCAAAAGGUUGUGGAGAAGGAGGCGGAGACGGAGAGGAAGAAGGCUCUCAUAGAAGCUGAGAAGGCGGCUGAGGUGGCCAAGAUUCAUUAUCGACAGAAGCUUAUGGAGAAGGAAACAGAGAAGAGAAUUUCUGAGAUUGAAGAUGCUGUUUUGCUAGCAAGAGAGAGAACAAAAGCUGAUGCAGAAUAUUACACGGCUCGGAAAAUGGCUGACUCUAACAAGCUGAAACUCACGCCAGCAUAUCUGGAGCUGAAGAAGUAUCAGGCCAUCGCUGCCAACAGCAAGCUGUAUUUUGGUAACAGCAUCCCCAGCAUGUUUUGGGAUUCCUGCACCUUCAAACAUGUGGCUGUGAGGACCGUGCCAGAAGCCAGCCUCCUUUCAAAGGAGGAUCCUGCACUCUCUGGGGAAAGCCACCUCAAAAAACCAGAGAGCACAGGCUGAUGCAAGAGGUGGAAAAGCUUCAGCAAGCUCUGGAAGAAGGGGCUGCAUCAUGCAGACCAGUGUCCUUCCCUAGUGUGCUACAGGGGCGCUGCCUGCCCUCUGCCAUGCCCCAGUGGGGCGGACACAGCACACACAGCCUCUUUCUACACAGAUGUGACAAUUGGGUUGAUUUCUUUAAGCAACAACUGUGUUGAGGGCUCUGCCUUUCCCUUUUCUCACUCCCUGUUUGUGCUGGUGCUUCCGAAUGAGGGACAAUCCUGUACUUAAACCUGCCUAUACUGGAAUAUUAAAGGACAGAAGCCAGGGAGCCUUCUGCAGGAGGUGCAGUUCUUUAGAAGGCCUGUGUUCUGCAUUACCCUUGCGGCAGGAGGUUUGGCCUAGGGGUCCUCGAGGGUGCUGGGUGAGUGGGAUGGAAAUCCUGGUCGUUUUGCUGCCCACGCCCUGAGGCUGGUCCGACUCGUUAACCUCCCUCAUACUGCUCUUAGGCCUGUUGCUCAUCUAGAUGUAAACUUAAUUUCUUCUUGUAAAAUGCUACUGACUUUUGUCUGGUUCAAGCCUCACCAUACACACCUGCUCAGAUCCCUAGAGGCCAGAGGCCCAGCUAGGAUGGGUUUGGUGACAAGUAGAUUUUU